AGACGAGAAAUAGCUGCACCUGCAUUUUUUUUUGUUCCGGGGAAGGUGACCGGAAGGGAAGGAAGAGGAAACGGACGGUGUUUAUGCUGAGCGGUAAUGGUGGCGGUGUAGUGAGUUUCAUUGCUGGGAUCUGGGGUUUCGUGUUUGAUGUUUGAAGCCAGGCGCACUUAGAAGAGCUGAUUCACUGAGGGUGGUGCCAUGGAUCCCGCGGGCAACUUUCCCCCUCCCCCCUUCUUCCAGAAAGGGGACAGCGGUUUUCAGGGCCAGCAGGAUGCUCCUUUCUCCAAGGCGGGGGAGGUGGGAGGUCCACGGGCUCCAUCCAUCCUUGGUCCCUCCUUUAGCUUUAAACCUCACGGCACCUUUCCGGCUUCUGUAAACUUCGGCGCCCCGAUGGGCCCCGCGUUUGGACCGGCCGAGAGCUGCUUCCGAGGGUUUGGGAAGCCGGACGCCCCAAGGCCGCGGGUUGGAGGGCUAGACAACAAACUGCCGUCCAACAAGCGGCCCUCGUUUCACUUCUCGCAGCCGCUGAGCAGCGGGGAAACGGCCCUCCUCACCGCUCCACAGUCCGUAGGCGGCCCCUCCUUCAGCUUCUCCCAACCGACCAACAGUGGGACUUCUUCUGGCCUCUACAGGAUGCUCCGGCCGACGGCCACUGUCAGUUUGCCCAGCACCUUUAGCUUUUCGCAGCCGGCGGCUAUGACCAGUGCUUCCGGAGGUUUCCGUUUCGUCCAUCCCAGCCCCGGCAGCAGCUCAACCCCAUACACCUUUUCUCAACCGAGCUCGUCCCCCUCGCUCGGUCACUCUGCAUCCAACAAGAAAGUAGCUUGCGAAGAAAAACAAACUCUGAAGCCAAGCUUCGGAGGGACUGAUACAACACCGCAGGGCUGUCGUGAAGGGAGACGCAGUGCAACGGCAGCCACUGCAACCCCAGCAACGUUUGGGCUCACUUCGAAGCACGAGGGGCAGGCGGGACAGCUGACGCCCAGGAAGGGGAUGAAAAGGAAAGACAAGCGAGACAGAUCACCAUACCAGUUUGAAUACAGUCCUGGUAAAGAACCAGCCUCAGUGCCCAAACACAGUCCGUCUCCAAGGAAACGGCUGUCGAAAGUUACGCCAUCACUGGGCGUCUUCAGUCGCACUCUUCAAGAUGUGUUGAAGGGCAGUAGGAGGGAGUCUAAAAGAGUCAGCACAUCUUCAGAAAGUGAAACGAUUGAAAAGUUAAAGCUGCUGUCUGAGACAAGCAUCCCUUUAGAGUGGCCUGCGCGAUUGAGAAAAGAAGAACCAAAGAAGAGAGUUAGAGAUGAUUUUGCCAGCAGGCCUUCCUCUCGGCGACUACGUCGUGUGGACAGCACAGACAGUCUAUCCUGUGUUCCUUUGUCAGAACUCACCACGAUCCACUGCAAAAAUGUCCCAGUGGAUCUGAAUACGAAGGAGAUCAUCAAGAAGCAUUUCUCACAGUUUGGAAAGGUGCAGCGGGUAUAUUGCCAAGCUAGUAAGGGACUGGCAGUUGUUCACUUCUCUGAUCAUGCAUCUGCGUCCAAUGCAAAGAAAAAAGGAAAAUCUCUCCACAAGCAACAGAUUGAAAUAUUUUGGCAACGGAAAAAGAACAGUCCUGGGAAAAAAUCUUCGCUGGAAGAAGCAAAAGUAUCGAAAGGCGAUGAAGAGAAACGCAGCAAAGAUAAGAUUAAUAUAGAACAAUCAUCUCCACGCAAUCCACCUCCAAGAUCUUCUACAGGAACUGCUGUGAACAAAUCACCAGUGAAGAAAACAUCUGCUUUGAAGGCUCUGCAGUCAGAGAAUGAAUCUCAGGAUCUACAAGAGACUGAAGAUCAGGUAUCAAUUCCUGACCGUGUAGUGUCGCUACCUUCCUCCCUCAGCCAUCUAGCUGGCACAGUUGCCAUUACUCCAGAAGACAAAUACAGGGUACUUGACCAGAGGGACAAGUUAAUGAGACAAGCUCGAGUGAAAAGAACUGAGCUGGAGAAGGCAAAAGCUAUUGUGGGGACAUGUUUGGAUAUGUGUCCGGAGAAAGAGCGUUAUAUGAGGGAGACAAGAUACCAACUUAGCUCUUUUGAGACUAUUCCUGGCACUGAUAAGGUUAACCAUGAAGUUGCAAUCAAAGAAUAUAGUAGGUCAUCUGCAGAUCAGGAAGAACCUUUACCCCAUGAGCUUCGGCCUGCUGCUGUCCUAAAAAUGACCAUGGAUUAUCUCGUGAUGAAGAUUAUGGAUUUGGGUGAAGGCAAUUACCGGGAUUGGUAUGAUUUUGUAUGGAACAGAACCCGUGGAGUAAGAAAGGAUAUUACUCAACAGCAUCUCUGUAAUCAGCUAACAGUGAUGCUUAUUGAGAAAUGCACACGGUUCCACAUCCACUGCAGUCAUCAGCUUUGUGAAGAGCCAAUGUCUUCCUAUGAUGCCAAGAUAAAUGAUGAAAACUUGACCAAAUGUUUGCAAAGCCUGAAAGAAAUGUACCAGGACUUGGCAACCAAGGAUACCUACUGUGAGAAUGAGGCGGAGUUCAGAGGCUACCACGUUCUGCUUAAUCUCAAUGAGGGAGAUAUUCUCCGAGAAGUCCAGCAGUUGCGCCCAGUUGUCUGGAACUCCCCGGAGGUGAAAUUGGCAGUCCAGGCUUUUGCUGCUCUUAACAACAAUAACUUUGUGCGGUUUUUCAAGCUGGUUAGAUCAGCCUCCUAUCUGAAUGCUUGCAUUUUACAUCGUUACUUCAAACAGGUACGUCGUGAGGCUUUGAAGACUUUGACUUUUGCAUUCACAGUCAGUUCUCAGCGAUCCACAAUGUUUCCAAUGGAGACUCUUGUUCGAAUGUUGCUUUUUAAAGAUUGUGAAGAGGCAGAAGAAUUCACCAGGGACUACGGUCUAAGUUUAAGUGACGGAUGUGUUGAACUGAACCGAUCAACGUUAUCUGAUCCAGAAUUUCCACUGUUGCCCAAGAAGUCCUUGUUUAUUGCUCAGAAACGCUCUACACUGAUUGGGGAGGUUGUGAAUGGAGGACCUCUACCACCAUUUAUACCACACAUGCCUGUUUUGAGCUUUGAUGGUCAAGGGCGAUAUAUUGGGGAGAGCCGUGAAUCAAGCAUUCUUGGCCAGAAGCCAAUCCUGAGUGAAGAAGCUGGUCAAGAAGCAGCAAAAAAAAUUGAAACUGAACUUCCUCCAUCGUGUAUUGCUGUACCACUGGAGAACCAAACUUUAACUCAAGAAAUGCCUGCUGUUGAACAGUUCUCUCUGCCACCGCCGCUGCCAUUGCUUCAGGUUACUGCUCCAAUGGUUGCGCUGAUGCCCAUUGUCUCUCAGGUGCCUGCUGCACCUCCACCCAAACCUCAACCAGUCUAUUCUGAAAAGAUGAUAGUUGAAGUGGUCAAGGAUGUGUUCAAUGAUAUAGUGAAGGAUGUUCUCCGUGUAGAGUGUAAAGAACUGGCGAAAGCAGGGAUAGCUUUUGCUGCAGAUGCCAUCAGUUUGUCAAACAGAUCGUCAGAGGAGCUGAUUGCAGAAGUUACCAUGGAGAUGCUGAUACAGACUUCAUCUGAGGAGCUUCAAGCAGAGAGACAGAGAAUCGAGGAUGAAAAGCGCAGAAUUGAACAGGCCAGAUUGAAGAAGGAACGGGAAGUGUGGAAGAGCCGGUACAGUCAAGCACUGUGUGAUGAAAUUACAGAGCAAGUUGUGGAUUACUCUGUAAGAAAAUGUGCCAUUCAGGAGCUAAGAUGUGCAGUGGAGGAGGACAGGCGAGCCCAGAUUAACCGCUGCUCAGCAGAGUUCUGUAGCUACCUCAUUAAAGAAACGCUGGAAAGUGAGAUUUUUCAAGUAGUAAAGGAGACUCUGCAGGAAGUACAUUGUUUCUGCAAAUAUUUAAAGAAGUGGAGAGCUACUGCAGAGGCACGGAAGCACCUGAGAGAAGAAAUGUGGACAUUCCCAGCAGCCCCAGGCAUGGCUGGCCCCAACUGCAAACUGAGUCCCCACUUGGUGAACCCGGAUCUGCCCAACGAUAAUAACCUCAGCGUGUCAUGUAUACGGUUGCUGCAGAGGAGGAAGGAGACUGCUCAUCAAAUGAGGGUUCAAAACUUCUACCAGCAGCUCCUCUGUGAAGCUGCCUGGACUCCUUUGGAUUUGUUCACAUUGGUGGCAGAUAACUUCCCAACUCGUCAAGAGAGAAUCUUCUGGAAGGUUGUUCUGCUGUUACCAAGUGAUGAUGAAUAUGCACUUAGUAAUAAUAACAGAACUUUAAUUGAUUGGCUGAAAGCAAAAUUCCAAGGACCCGAAAGGCUUGAUGAUACUGUAGAUGAUGUUGAUUAUGUCAUUCAGACACACCAAUGCAAAGCAGUGAAGAGUGAUGGAGCAAUUGAUGUACUUGUGCAUAUCUGUGUUAAGUUGACUAAAGGCCCUCUAAGCGACACACAUGUAGAUGCAAUGGAACAGCGGAAGGAACUGCUGGGAACAAGUGCUCUGAUCCUCUUGCUACCAACUCGAGAAGAAGGCACUGACCAGGAGGAGGAGGAAGUGUAUUGGCUGUCAGCAAUGCUUCAAAUCAGACAACUUUUACAAGCUAAACCUUUAAAUCCUGCAGUUCCUCUGGUCAUCCUUGUUCCUUGUGAAGAAGCAUCAUUGAAUGAGAAAGAGGUGAUAGAAGGUCUGAAGCUUGAAGUGCUGGUGGCCACUCACCUCGUGUCUGAGUUUUUGAUUAUCCUGAUCCCGGGCAAAAGUAACUACCUUCAGGGAUCAAACAGGGUCUCUGAAGCUGUGAGGUGGCUAGCCUCACGUUGCCCAUCACCACCAGACAUUUGCUGCCAGACUCUGAACCAGUUCAUCGAGGACGGGCUGUGCCGAGAGUUUAAUGACCAAUUUUACAGUGAUAAAUCUAAAAGGCAACUGGCUGCAUUGCCUUCCCAGAGCCCCAGCUUCAUCAUUGAGUUUUACAACGAUGUGCUGCGUUUCCUCGCAGAAGUAGUGUCCUCUGAACAACUGCAUAACCUUUCUUGGCCAGUUGCUGAAUUCUCUGGACCUGUUGCUCAUGAAAUAUUGGCACACAAAGAAUGGAAUUCCAAUAAUCACCUGACCUGGCUUAGGAAGGCAGUUCUGUCUUUUCAACUGCCAGUGCUGGAUUUACCUCCCUUGCAUGCUCCAUGGGCUAAGGUCUGUGAUAUGAUCUUCCAAUACGUAUGUCAGGUCCCAGUAUCACAACAAACACGCCCACUGCUGCUUUCAAGGAUUGAGCACGUCCUCAACAGAGUCUAUAGCAAAUGGAGAGACAGCUAUCCCUUGAUGUUGGAAGCCUCGAUCGAUGAGGGGCCAUUGGUUUCAGAAAUACCUUGGGAUGAAAUUGUUCUCAUUUGCAUUGACCAUCGAUUGAGAGAGUGCAUAGCUUCGACCCGACCUUGUGCUUCAGCUGUAAGUGAAGAUGGUCAGAUCCUGGUCUAUUAUUUUCAAGAGGAUUUGAAAAAAUACAAACGGCCUCCAUUCUGGGAACGGGCACGAUCAAAUACCCAGAUGGAAAUCCAAGUUGCCUGUCAGAGGUUGCCACAGAAGCAAGUAUACCCUUCAGUUAAGCAGAGAUCAGAAAAUAAAUCAUAUACUGUGAAGGCCAAUUCUGAAGAAACCCUUCAGGACUGGAUUUUUUCUGCUUUGGAUGUUACCCGUACUUCUACAGCAGCAGAACUUCUACCAGGGCGACUGCUUUCUGAAAUUCAAAUGGAGAAAGAGGAGAAUAAAAGAUGUGAGGAGCAACUGCAUCGCUGGCUGAAUGGGGGCCCAUUGGAUUCAAUUGCUUUCCCUCUUUACCUCCCACAGACUUUGGUUUCUGCUGAUAAAGUUGUUGUCCCCAUGCACCGAGUGUCUGCUGUAAUCACACCACAGGAGGAUGCUAAUAAUGGACACAUUAAGGAUAUCAGUUUGAAUAAGUCUGAUUGGCUGAACAGUUCAACACUGACCUUAUCAGACAAACUGAAAGAGUUUAAAACGUUGAUCCAGGCCAGUCAAGAGGAAGAACUGGUUUGUCAGCGUCACUUGUCUCUCUUACUAGAUGUAGCUGACACCUGAUGGAGCUGGCAGACAAGCCUGUGUUUGAGGUACACCAUACCACUGCUUGAAGUGAAGCUUCACUAAAGUUUGAGAGCUUUUCUCAUUUCCAUUGUUCUACCCUUUCAAAUGUGCAUUCAGUAUUUGUUGCUGCCAAUAAGAUGAUGUGAUUUAAUCUACAACUUCAUACACCCAGACAAUGUUUUAAUUGGAUUUUAUUCAAAUUACUCCAUACAAUUUCUGGAACAUUACUUUUGCUACUGAAACCUUUUACUUUGAUUGCAGUAAAAUCAACUUUGCACCUGGUAUGUUGUCUUAAAACAAUGUUUAUUAUUGAAAUCUGGUAAAAUGUCACCUUGGUUUGCAGGUUUUUCAUUCUAGUGAAAGGAAUUGUAAGAUAUUGACAAAGAUAACUUGAAAGCCCAAGAAUAAAAUCUGUAGAUACCAUGCAAAAUAAGGCAGCUGUGACCUUCUCAGAUCAUUUAUCCUGUUUCAGAAAAAUAGGAGAUAAAACUCCAGUUCAAACAUUGCACUGACAGAUUUAAAAGGAACUGAAAAGUUUAUCUGUCUGGUGUUUUGUAUUAUGUAACUUCCUGUAUGACACCACAUUAUAAACUUUUAAAAAGCGUAGCAACUUCCCUAAAGAAAUGUAAAAGACAUUGUUAUCAUGAUGUACAAAACUCGCCGAGUUUUAAGCUCCUAUUUCAAAUGUGGAUAAACUGUCACACAUGUUUCCGGAUUUACUUGUUCUCAUUCCUUUCCAGUAAAGGAUUAGGUACAUGUUUGUGUCUGUAUUCUUAAACUGACAUGGGAAUUAUUUUUAUAUAAUGUAUGGUAACGAUUUAAGCAUAAUUAAAAUGUUUGAUCUUUCUUCAGUUUGAAAUGACUGGCUCUUAUCUGAUAUGGCAAAUGAACAGGGGCAAGCGAUCACAUGGUGGUUCCAAGUUGCAAUUUGAUACACUCUCCAGGCUAAUGAUUUGUAUUAAUUUGUAUCUGUUGGCUGGCUCUGUGUAGUCUGAUAUUAAGCGCAAAGACUGAAAGAAGUGUGGAUGCUGUAAAUCAGAAACAAAAACAGAUUGCUGCAGAAGCAUAGCAGGUCUAGCAGCAUCAGUGAAAUGUCAAAUUAGUACUUUCCAAUUCUGUCUCCCUUUUUCAGCUCAGAGAAAGGAUCACUCAACCUGAAAUGUUAAUUCUCGAAUUCUCCACACGUGCUGCCAGACCUGCUGAGCUUUUCUGCCAAUUCCUGUUUUUGUUUCUGAUGUGAAGUAUGAUGUACAACUUGUCUGGAGACAACUGGCAAUAAACCAUUAUUAGAUAAUGAACUGA